UUCAUCACUCCAUAUCACAUGCUUCACCAAUUUGGCCUGUAUAGUAGCUAGCUAGGUAGCCUACCUCUUUGUGUGUGUCUUAGGUAUGCUAAGUUGUCUCAACUAGCUGGUUUGUUAACUGGUGUCAGUUAACAUUCACAGCUGUGUGUGUAGGAUGGGGCAACCCAAUAGCAAAGUGAUACCUAGCCAAACAAAAGCAGUGACCUCAAAGAAACGUAUAAAGAGAGGGUCGCUAAAGAAGAAGAAAUCUGUGGCCACUGUUUCUUUUAGUGUAGACAACCCGCUGAAUGGAGGUAGCACUGAGUGUCUUAGUGAGAAUGGUUGGCAGGAGGUGUUUGAUAUGGAGGCUGUGAACUACUCUGCUGUAGGUGCUAGGGACUCGGUAAUCUUGAUUUUCGACAAAAGAAGGCCAACCGAUAUCUCAAUGCCCCCCUCAGGAAUCCUCGAUGUUAUUAGUGACAGACAAGAGCCAGCUGCAUCAAUCAGGAACGUUCCAGCUGUGGAAUCAACUCUCCCCAUGUCCGGUGGGGUUAAGCAAACAGAAGAGAUACCACUUUCAGACGGCAACAGCACAGUCCCUAUUUCCUUGGAAGAUAUGGUCCUCGAAGAAAUAAUCAUUGCUGGAGGUCUGCAAGUCGAAAGGAAAUGGGAAGAUCCUUACAAGGGAAAUAAGUCGAUAAAACCGAAGAUGAAAACUACAACUGAAUUGUCCAAGAGUGUACUAAAGCAAGCAUGCACAUCGUCACAUCAAACCAACAGUAGGGAAGCCACACUACUGUUGUACAUAUUUGACAAUAACUCGUACCCCCAUCAAAAUGUCGACUCACCUGGCAGAUUAACGACUGAUGACUCAUUUCCUAUCAACAAAGAAAUCAUUAGCACCAACCAUAACAAGGUGACUGUGACUAACAGUACUCUACCUUUUAAUACGGAGUGUGUCAAAAAUAAAAAAGCUGCUACUUCACACCAAAAAGGAUUCACAACAAUUAUACCUUGUUCAAGAUCAUGUACAAACUUCACAGCAGCAGACUUAGAGCAAAGACCGCCUAUGUCUCAUUCAGAAAGUAUGCAAACGAUCAGUGAGGGUGCUAGCAACAAGAAGAGGAGCAUUCUCUUACAUCUGCCCAAGAUUAGACGAGGAUCCGGAAAAAAAAAUUUAAGGAGAUGUGUUCGUUUUCAAGAGCUGGUUGAGGAUUCUGCUAAGUCUGUAUCUAUGAACGAUAUCAGGAGAGGUAAAACCUACGGGUCAGUGAGGCUCAGGAAAAAGAAGAGCAAAGGAACACUUCCCAUUCCAGACCGAGCCAUUGAACCUUGGACAAUGAGCACUGAGGAUUUAAGCUCCAAGUCCUUUGCUCCUCCCGAGGAAGGUCAGACCAGCGUCCGGAAUUCAGUACUUCAAGAGAGAGAUGUAUUUCUUGAGCUCCUAUCGAAAGUGCAGGACAACAGAUAUGAGAAUCAGCGCUACACACUCAAAGCAGGCUCAGUGAAUGACCCAGAGGAAAGCAACAAUGACGACGUGUUUGACGAGUCUGGUUACAGGAACGGCCAUGAUGAAGCAGAUACAAUCACUGUCAGCAGCUCAUUCACUAACGGAGUGCUGGGAUCGACAAGUCCGGAGCUCCUCCCCCCCUCAAUUGAGGUCUCGCCAGAGUCCACUCUACAGAAGCCCCGUCAUUCCGUGAGCUUAGACGAUCUAGACAUCAUACGAGAUGAAGUGCGUCAGUCAUUUAGCCCCCCUCCUCUCAUGGCUGGGUCUGCAUCCACACCGGGGAGAAGGUCAAUGGCGGCACUAAAGAGGAUGAUGGAAUGUGAAGGUCCCUACCCGCUGCUGAUAGAGUCCCCUGAUGGGGGGUACUGGGUGCAGAAUGGGGAGUACGAGAGUGCUAAGGGAGAAGAUGACAUGUGGACUGCACCAGAGAUCAGUACUGAGCACUACACUGUGCAGUGUGACCUCACUGCACUCGCCUAUGGGGGGCACUUUUGUGGUCAGGAGCAUAGCAACUACAUUGCUAGGGAUCCCAAUGUCGGGCCAGUACUACUCUCCAUCAAGUUUGAGAAGGACUAUCAGGGAACCCAAGUCAGAGCUAUACUAAGAACUCAGUCAGACACAAUAUACAAGGUGUUUCCUGACUCUCAACUUCUCAGCAAUCUGGACAUUCCAGACUAUAUACGUUAUGUGUCAGCUGAUAAGAUCACCACUGACAAAGUCUUCAAAAUUGAGCUACCCAAGGCGGCUGAGUUGAUUCGCAAGUUUGAUGAGCACCCAGUGGCCAAGACGCACAAAAUUGGAGUUAUCCACCAACAUUUUGAGCAGACAAGUGAGGAAGAGAUAUUUGGCAAUGUGAAGCAUUCAGAAUCUCUAGAUGAAUUCCUGACUAUGUUGGGUUCAAAAGUUACCCUCAAAGGGUUUGAAGGGUAUCGUGGAGGGCUAGACGUGAACAACGAUCAGACUGGCGAGCAGUCUGUGCACACUGUGUACAAGGACAGGGAGAUCAUGUUCCACGUCUCCACCCUCCUCCCACACGACGACAGUGACCCCCAGCAUGUACAAAAAAAGAGGCACAUUGGAAAUGACAUAGUGGUGGUAGUGUUCCAAGAGGAGAACACUCCGUUCUGUCCGAGUGCCAUCCGCUCUCACUUCAUCCACUCCUACAUAGCAGUACAAGUGGAGCACCCCAACACUGACCACACUGUCUACAAGGUGGCAGUGACAGCUAAAGAUGACGUGCCUCAGUUUGGACCACCCUUACCUGACCCGGCAGUGUUUCAGAAGGGACCAGACUUCAGAGAGUGGCUGCUGACGAAGAUACUCAAUGCAGAGUUCAACUGUCACAUGGCACCCAGCUUCAAGAAACUUGCUAAUCGGACAAGAGCGCAGCUCUUCCUCCACCUGGUAGAGGAGAUAGCACAGACAAUGGAUGAUGUGGACUACCCCUCUCUCAUCAAGGGAAUGACAUCUCUAGCGUCUGGUUCUGAAAUGAACUCGGUCAAGACUAGGCGACGCAGAAGGAGAACGCUGGGUGGCAUAUUCAACAAGAAGGAGUCACCUCAAAACUCCCUAUCCACAAAGAGAAAGUCACUAGCAGCUGACCCAUCAAGGCAAAUCUAUCGUAAGCUCCGGUCUGAGCCAUCGUCGCCACGGGAGAUGGUGGUGGGGAGCACUCCUGAUCUGGCCAGUGCAUCCAUUCAGAAGGAGCACUCGCCAUCUGACUACACAGUCAUGAUCAAUGGCCGUCCUUCCGUUGGGCACGCUACACCAGACUUGGCCGAGCUGUCCAGAGUAGAUGUUAAAGGUAAACCUCGCAACCGCUUCACUACCAAGAAAGCAGACUCAGAAGAUAGAAAGAGACCAAAGAGAACAAAAUCGUUCGGUGGUGCAGCAGGAUUCUCCGACUACUUCAGAAAGCGGAAAGAACCAACUUCCCCAGUGAUCAAACACUCUAUGAAGAGAGACUCUUCUGAGGAUUCAUCUAUUGCGUCCUCUCUGAACUGGAGUGUUCCCUAUGAUCUGCCCAGUGUAGUGGAGGCUGAGAUAGCUGCUAAGAGACAGCACGAGAGGCUCAAGGCUGAGCACCGCCCGUCACCAGACAGGACCAAAUCUAAUCCCACUAUCCUCGAGAGGAAGGAAAGUGACUUGUCCAUCUCUGAUGUGUGUCUCACACUACCAGGCAAACCCAAAAUGGCUGAUGCUGCCGUGCAAGUGACCCCCUAUGACUGGUCUAAUCCUUAUCUAAACUCUUUUACCUCUGCUGGCUCUCCUCAGAACGAAUUCAGAGUACUCAACCCAGGUCAUCGAAAAUCAAUGUCCUUACAAAAUACCCCAAAAAUACUGCGAAGAAGUGGAGACAGUUCGUCUCGUUACGAGAUUUCCCCAAAGCACAACGACUCACUGAAUGGUGAGGUGCAGAGACAAAGUGAGAGUGAAAAGAGACGACUGGAGGACAUUCUAAAGAACAUUCAGUUCCGGAGCUCUAAUUCCCUCGAGCAGAGGGCUAGCUCUGAGGAUAGAGAGGAUAUGGUUAUACGUCGAGCAGAGUCAAUUGACAGCAUUUCAACGGAUGUUGGAGAGCUUUAUGACUCGGUGCUCCAGUCCCUUCAAUCGCUGACGGACGAUGUGGUGAGACUUAGAGAACAUAAUGUGGUCCUCUCAACUGAAAAUAUCAAAUUUGCGUCUCAAAACAGUCGACUAAAAGACAAGCACAGAAUGAUGAAGAAACAGCUGACCAUUACUCAGAAACAGAUCAACACUCUUCAGCUAAAACUUAGGCUUUAUCAACCAAACUUUACUCUUGAAGAUGAAGUGGAAGUUACCAGUGUAUAAUAAUAUUCAUGUAAUUUUUGUGUUUUUUUGCUCAUGCGUUUUAACUCAGUUACUUACGUAUUCAAUCUAUCUUGUGCUGGUCAUAGAUAAGUUGACUAAUCAA